CUGCAAGGGCCGCGCAGCAGGAAAUGAGGCGCAGCUUUCAUGAUGAUGAUGAUGAUGAUGAUUGUGUCGCUGCUGCAGUGCAGACCCUGAACCUGGAGGAGGAAACCAGCAGCAGCAGCAGAUCGGACAGAAGACUUUCAGCACUGUAAGGUGUUUACUGGGCGAAGAUGAGCGACGCAAACGAGCCCAAAAUUGAGCUUUUCGUGAAGGCAGGAAGCGAUGGUCUGUGCAUCGGCAACUGUCCGUUCUCCCAGCGUCUCUUCAUGGUCCUGUGGCUGAAAGGAGUGGUUUUCGACGUCACCACAGUGGAUAUGAAGAAGAAACCAGACAUCCUGAAGGAUCUGGCUCCUGGAGCUCAGCCUCCCUUCCUGCAGUACGGCAACGAGGUGAAAACCGACACCAACAAAAUCGAGGAGUUCAUCGAGUCGACGCUCUGCCCCCCAAAAUAUCCCCGUCUGGCGGCUCGUAAUCCGGAGUCCAACACAGCAGGAGUCGAUAUCUUCUCCAAGUUCUCUGCUUACAUCAAGAACUCAAACCCUCAGACUAAUGACAAUCUAGAGAAAGGCCUCAUGAAGGCUCUGCAGAAGCUGGACAACUAUCUCGGCUCCCCACUUCCCGACGAGAUCGAUCAGGACGCCGCCGAAGAGGUCACCUCCUCGUCACGCCCCUUCCUGGACGGCCAGCAGCUCACCCUGGCGGACUGCAACUUGCUGCCAAAGCUGCACAUCUUGAAGGUGGUGAGUUUGAAGUACAGAAACUUCACCAUCCCAGAGUUUCUGACUAACGUCUGGAGGUACCUGAACGCAGCGUACGCCAGGGAAGAGUUUAGCGCUACCUGUCCUGUCGACACGGAGAUCCUCAUGGCGUAUUCAUCUGUAGCGAAAGCUCUCAAGUAGGACGGCGAUAGGCCGUGUUAAAGUAGAAAAAAUUAUUCCACACAGACAUCAGUAAUCAAAUAUUUACUCUGCAAACAACCAGAAUCUGUUUCCCUGCCGACGGGUAUUUCCUUUAAGCUUUGUUAACCUUUUGAUACGCAGAAUGCACACACCCACAGGUGGAUCUUUGUAUUUAUUCUCUACUUCAACCAGGAUCGGUUACAUCAGCAGGGAGACGAGGGCAAAGUCUAGAUCAGUGGUGUCCAAACUUUUUCCACCGAGGGUCAAAAUUAGCUUUUUCUGUCCGUUAAACAACAUAAAAAUUAUAUUAUUGUGAAUGUUUUCUCCUUUACUUGCACAACAAUGAAUUGAACAAGUUCAUUUUUUAAAAUCAAAACCAACAUUAGGAUGAAAUUUGCCUUAAUGUUUACAUUUAUUUAACUUUUUAAGCCAAUUAUUUUCUAUUUUGUUGGUCUGUAAAUUGUGUUUUGUAAAAACUAAAUUCUUUGUGUUUUCCAUUUAAGACAUAAACUUGCCAUGGAAAUCUCACCCUAAAAUGAUUUUAAAAAGUGUCGCAUCUCAUCCCAAAUUUGCACCAUUUUUUUAACUGCAGUGAGGGGCCACACAAACUCAUUCCAAGGGCCACAAAUGGCCCCCUCGCCGCACUUUGGACACCCCUGGUCUAGAUAAUACAAGUCAAAAUCAAAAUGUUUCUUUCAGGAAGGCUUGCAUUUUCACACACCCUUUUUUUAAACAAAAGCCUUUCUGUUUUUUACCUUUACUCACCUGCUUUAUUGAACUUUAACCUCAGAUCAGAGCCGGUUCAAGCUUUUCUUUGGUAUUUGGGCAGAAUAACAAUUUGGGGCCCCAAACUCUUACCUAAUAUCGCUGUUUGCUGCUAUUCUCAGCAGAACAAUGUUUUACUUAAACUCUAGGCUGGUAAAAGAUUCUAACUCUAUGAUAACCUUUAAGAAAUAACAUAAUAUGGCGUAAAAGAAUAUAAAGUGGAUAUGUUAUGCUAAAUUAAUAUUUUUAUAUGUUUUUGUACUUCCCUACUGCCUACAAAAUCAACCCAAGCUCUUAAAAAAAACCACCCAGAUGGUUUUUGGCUACGGGUUGAUGUCUUUUGGAAAGUUUUCUGUUUCAAAAAACUUCCAGAAUGUAAUGUAACAAAUCAGCCAGCUUGUUACCUAGCAACCCCAGUGAAGUCCAGCCUGUUACCUAGCAACCCAGGUGGCAUGUUUGCACAGCUGGCUGUAUUCACUGUACAAUUGCUGCUUGAAAAGACAAGUGUUCUGCUGUUGGUUUAUCACCUAGAAACCACUUGCUGCAUUCUUGUUGGUUGUGCUGGAGGCUCUACUAAUGCUUUUCAAAGAUGUAAGGAUGUAUAAUUGCUCAUUUGGCUUUAAAGUGACAAGAUGCCCCAAAACGGCUCCUCAGGAGGAGCUCAAAAUACCAGAAGUAAAGAAUAAUUUUGUGCAAAAACAUUAAUUAAAAUGUUUCUUAUAGCAAUAGAUUUAUUCUAACUUGUUCAAGGAAGAAUUAUAGCCCACCUUUAAAAUAAAACAUCAUAAUACAACCUAAUUAUUUGUAUUUAAAGUAGAAAAGUGACAUUUAUUUCUACUACAGCAAAUACAGUGUAUAUAUUGAACAAUAUAGCAUAAUAUAAAUUUACUACUAAUUUGAUUUUGAUAUAAAAAGCAAAAUUAAACCAUAACACAAAUCUGCAACAUUCUUCUCUACCUGUUGUUUGUGCUAGCUCUGUAUGACAGAGAAAUUACCAAAAGCUUUUCUGGAUAAAAAGAACAAUAAAAGAAAUAUUUUUUUAUAAGAUCACAAGACAGCAGGCGGUUAUAGUAUAUAGUUUGUAAGACGCAUUUUAGCACAAGAUAUUUUAAGUAUUUUAUCUUUUGGUGGAAAGAUAACAGGCUAGCUACUGAAGUUGUUAGCAUGUCCAAUAUCAGUUUUUAGGUUUCCAACUAAUAAAAUAAUACAUAUGAGAUGGUUUGGGUUGCAUUUUUUAUAGUAUAUAACAAUCUACAAUUGGUAGAUUGGUUGGUCCAUUGGUAAACUGCAGGCUAAUUAGCAACCCAGCUACCACAUCUAAUUGGCUAGCUAGCAUCAGUCAUCAACAAAAAUCAAUACUCAGCUCAUUAAAUACUUUUACUUUAAUACUACAGGAGAAAAAAAACAUGCUACAGCUUUUCUUGUCUAAUUACAACUUCAAAAUGGACACACAGUCGUUUAAUCUUUCCCCUCUCUUUAUUUUUCUUCCAUUAUAUUCUAAAGAUUAAUUAUUCCAACACAUCCAGAUUAAACCGUUUUAGUCUCUCGCCAUUUUUUAGGGAAGUGAUAUUUGCAUACCAUCGAGUCAUUUUGUGUUUUAAUCACAGGUGUUUCCCACAGACUUUAUCACAGAGGAAACGCAGCUUUUCAUAGAAAGACGUCAUGAUUUAGAAAAGGUUUGCAUUCAUUGCGGAGCAGAGGAAAACGGGCCGGACCGAGCCGGCGCUGAAAGCAGCUACACAGGAAACCGUUUCAAUAGACGCGGGCUUCCUCUUUCUGCGCUCCCACAGCAAGCGUGAAGGAUUAGUCCUGACUGGUGAGCUUGUUUGUGAUCCGCUUUCAAGGCCUCUAAUUAAUAAUUACAUGAAUGGAAGAGAGACUGUGAGCAUGCUACAGUCGAUAAGCUAACUUUUCACUUUAAAGUAAUCAGAACAGAGACAGAAGAAAGGGAAUUUUGUAGGUUGUUAGCUUUUUGAUUGCUUCAAAAGGCCAUAACCACUUCCUGUUUUCUUUUAAAUUAAAAUCAACUAUAUCAAAAUUAAAGUCAUACUUGCAGUAUUUUUUUGCUGUGGUAGAAUUUGUAGUAAAAUAAAGUAAAACCAGUACAUUACAAUAAAAUUGUGGUAUUUUAUCAUAAUGUUAGAAUUUUACAGUAACCCAUACCUAAUUAAAACAUUUUUCUUUUGUUUCUAGUUGAGUUUUAGAGCUCAGAAAUUGUGUAUUUUUAGUUUAAGUCUAAUAACAAAUAUCCUUACCAAUGGAAAACAAUUAGAAGAAAAUCUUUGUUGCUCUGUGGAGCCCCCUGUUGGUGUGGAGCCGCAGACGGCUGCAUAGUUUGCUUAUUCCUUGGUCUGGCUCGGCCCUUGUUGAUGUGAAUGACUGGACAGUUGAGUAGUUUUCACAUUUCCACAGUUAAAUAGGAUUUCUUGAAGUUGCUGGAGACACUUUCUUAUUGGAAAUGAGCCACCAAAUCAAUUUUUAAAAACUGUAUGGGAUUUUAUUAUUGUUCAAUUAUUUUCUGAAAAUGUUUCAUUUUUCUGUAAGGUUUGCAGCUAAGUUGAAAAAAUAUCUGUCUCUGGAUUCUGGACUAAACAUUAAGUCUACUUAAAUAUCAUGUUUUCAAUCAAAUCAAUGCAGUUUUUAUCCGUUUACUGCAAAAUAAACAGAUUUCUUGUGUAUUAUUAUGGAAAUUCACGAAAAUUAACAAAUUAUUGGGAGUUUAUUGAAGAUUUCUCUCAAAAAUUGUCAAAAACUUUCUAACUUUUACUAAACAGCUGCUUCAGUCUUAACUGAUGUCAGAUUAUAGUCCAUGAUCUAAACAGUGAGGAAUAAAAGGUCACAUCUACCGUCAUAAAUAAGUGCAAAUAUUUCCAAAUUAGUAACACAAACACUUUGAUUCUUAUUGCAAAAGAAUCACAAAAAUAAUCGCGAAGUUCUGGUGGGAAUGAAAAGACUUUGAAUUGUAUUAUUUAAUUUUAAGAAUUCAUUAAUAUUUUAACAGUUUAUCAAUACAUUCUGGCGCUACCGGCCCUUUAAGAGCAUUCAUGAUCUUGAUUCGACCCAAAACGAAAAUUAGUUUGACACCCCUGCUUUGUUUCUGUCACACAUCAAACAUGUGAUCACAGUAUAGAUUACUUAUAUAUUUUUGUUGGUUGUGUGAAGUUCUUCUGACAAAAUAACAAAUUAUAAAUAUACCGCCGUUAGCCUUAUUUUUAUCCAAAGAGAUCUGAGACUCGGUCGUAACUCUGUCUGUUGGCUCAAUUCACUCCUCGAAGUUUUCUUGCCUGUAAAACAACCUUGAAUUAAAUCAAAAUGGAAGGAACUGGAGCUAAUAACUCACUUUGG